AUGGCAGAUGAGGAGAUAAACAAUUCUGCUGCUGCAGAUGAAAAGCCAGAAAUUAAGUUCAAAUCGAGGAAAAACAAAAACAUUCGGAAAAAAAAGGAAUCGAGUGACGAAGAGGAGCAAAAUGCGCAAGAGGAAGAAGAUGUUAUCUCAAAGAUUGAAGACUUGAGAGAAAUUCAAAAGCUGCGAAACAGGGCUCAUGGAGUGACAUUGGUUGGACUGGCUGUUGGCGAAAAAGUGUCUGAAGUAGAGGAACUUUCAACGAAUGACCCCUUCAAAAUAAAAUCUGGCGGAAUGGUGAAUAUGAGAGCCUUAAAAAGUGGUCAGAUCAAACAAGUAGACGAUGCCUACGACGUUGGAAUAGGUACCCAAUUCUCUGCAGAAACGAACACGCGUGAUGAAGAUGAAGAAAUGAUGAAAUUCAUUGAGGACCAAUUGACUAAGAAGAAAGGGUCUGCCAAUGAUGGAAUUGCAAGCAACAGUUUCCGGUACUUAAGCCCUGAAGAUGCAGCGUUGCUGUCUGUGCCAGAACACUUGAGAGUUUCAUCAACCAAAAAGUCGGAAGAGAUGUUGAGUAAUCAAAUGCUCAGUGGUAUUCCUGAGGUUGAUCUUGGCAUUGACGCCAAAAUUAGAAAUAUAGAAGCUACUGAAGAGGCAAAAAUGAAAAUGUUGAAAGAGCGGAGCAGCAAAAAAGAUACACCCUCUCAAUUUGUUCCUACAAACAUGGCAGUCAACUUUGUCCAGCACAAUAGAUUUACUAUUGAAGAGCCAAAUGUGCCGGUGAAAAAGAAGGAAAUCAAGGAAGAAGUGAAAAAACCUCUCGUCGUUGGCAUGGAAUCUGAUUCUGCAGCAAAAGGCAAAAGGGGCAGAGAUGGGACCGAUAAGGCCACAGACGAUUAUCAUUACGAGAAGUUCAAGAAACAAUUUCGACGAUAUUAA